AUGGUUAAUACGCAAGAGCCGAUAGAGUGCUAUACCACAGAUUUUGGUUCAGCAUACGUUUAUCCAUUACCGAAUUCUGUGCCAAUAUUUAAUAUGACAACUACUCCACAAACUCCUAUUGCUGGAAAGAAUAUCACGUUUAACUUUACUAAUGUAUUAAAGGACAAACUUACUACAGAAUACAAAAUUGAUAUUGUAUUCAGGAGUACACCUACUUCAUAUAAAUAUUCUCAGAAAAUUUGUAUCGGAAAUAACACUUUUUGCCCAAUUCCAGCUGGAAAAAAAUAUGAAAUAAUAGUGGAAAUUACAAUGCCUGAAGAUAUUGACAUUCCAUCACUUUCUAUUUAUCCUUAUAUUUUCUAUAAGAUAGAUAAUAAUUCUUAUAAUGGUCUUGGUUGUGCAUGUUAUACGGUAUAUAGCGCGAUGUAUUGCUUAGACUGGCCCGCUUGA